UUUGCCUGUGGGGCUUCUCAUCUAGGAUAGCCUCAGAGAGGAGAGUCUCAGCGGCAUCCAUUGAGAAUCGCCAUAGAGACUUCCUCAAUAUGCGGGCCAUUCACAUGUGCAUCAAUUGCUCCAUUCAUAAAUGUUUUUUCCUCUUUUAAAAACUGUCUGAACCCCCACCCCCCAUUAUUUGAGGUUAUUAAUGAGCCUCGACCUGAAUGUCUCACAGGAAAUCGAACAGUGAGUAUGAGAGCAGGAUGGCCCUGUCGCUUAGAGCUGAUUAAUCAAGGAACGGGCCGCUGCCAUCAAUUAACUGCUUGUCUAUCUAUUAAUUAAUUUUGUGUUGGAGUUCAGCAGAAGAGGAAAAGGGCCAGUUUCCAAACCGCUGCUGCUUCAGAUGUUUCACUUCUGCUGUCAAUAGGGAACUUGAGUGCAACACCGGUGACGCUGUCGGACAUCACUGCGGUUAGCCGGAGGUUCGUUAUGACGAUUCCCAGCAAUACGAGCACAAUCGAUCCUCCGGCACCGUGCUGACUGAGCGCAGUGAUUCUCAGCUGUGCUGGAUACUGCAAUGAAUGGCAACACUAUCCACAACGGGACUGGCGUGCCCUCAUCUGUAGCCCCCCCACCGCGGGGCUGGCAGGAGUUCUGUGAGCUGCAUGCCAUCGCCGCUGCCCGGGAACUAGCCAAGCACUACCGGCGUUUUGCCAGUGAGCGCCCGCGCCAUGAUGUGCCCUCACCCGACAGCUUCUUGAAGCAGUUCAACCAUCUGUUCCAGCAGUUCUUCUGCAGCGAGGUGGCUGGUGAGGCCCCUCUCCCGGCCCCUCCCCCGACGGGGUGUCGCCGGGUCACCUCUUUCUCUGGCGCUCUGGACUACCGGGAGGCUGGCCGGCCGGGGUCUCAGGCCCUCAUCACGGUGGUGGCCUUCAAAGGGGACCCGCCAACAUGCGGCAGCCCGCCGUCAGUUCCCUGUGAGCAGGAGCAGCCUCCGCGAUGCUCUGCCACAGACACUACCAGGCAUGAUCGUGGGCGGAGCCAGGAGGAGGCUGGCACCUCUGCUGCCGAACGGUACUCCCCACAACCUAUGCUCCCCCUCCAUCCCGGACACAGCGACCCCACACAUUUCUCUGUCAGGCAGAUCCGUUGUGAUGUGUGCCGGCUCUUUAAGAAACAGAUUCCUCGGCCGGCUGAUGGGGGUGGGGCUCCUGACGAAGGCCUCCCCUCUGGGACCUUGGCCACCCCCCUGGCUCAGAAGUCGCCCCCUGCUGGCAGCUUUUUGAAUCGUUUGGCCAACAAGUUCCGUGCCAGCCUAAAGCAGCGUUCCAGGCUCCGUGGUGUGUGCAAGGAGGGCCAGCUACGGUACCUAGUGGUGGAUGACACUAUCUCUGACGCUCAGCCGCGGUGGCAGCGCUGCCAGCUGCUGCUCCGUAAGGCGCAGGAAGGCCAGGUCACAGAUGGCUACCAGCUGGACCUGUAUGACCCGCCUAAGGCCUCCAGCCCGAAGCUGACUGCGCGCUUAUCAGACAUCUGCGAGGUCCGCCGCUGCAAACCGCUGGAGAUGCCGGACAAUGUCAACACAUUUGUUUUAAAGCUUAAUCACUCUCCGGGAAGCAUCAUUUUUGAGACGGACAGUGACCAGCAGGUCAGCUCCUGGACGACGGAGAUCAAGGAGCAUCUGAGCAGCAGAUCUGACGGCACGGACGUGGAGCUGACAAGCCCCACACCUGGGGACCUCCCUGCAGGAGCCAGGAGGGGAAGCUCGGAGUCCACCAGCCUAGGGUCAGCGCACUUUGCCCCAUUGGAACAGACGUACCAGAAGAUGGAUCACUUCCUGUCUUCAUACCCAUGGUUCCAUGGACCCAUUUCCCGGGUGAAGGCUGCUCACCUGGUGCAGACGUCCGGCCUGCAGGGACACGGUGUCUUCCUGGUGCGUCAGAGUGAGACCCGGCGAGGAGACUACGUCCUCACGUUCAACUUCCAGGGCAAAGCCAAGCACCUGCGCCUCUCCCUGACAGAAUACGGGCAGUGCCGCGUGCAGCACCUGCACUUCUCCUCCGUCACGGAGAUGCUCAGCCACUUCUGCCUGUUCCCCAUCCCGCUGGAAUGUGGCUCUGCCUGCAACGUCAAGCUCUCCAGCUUUGUGAUGGCCAGCCCUGCUUUACCAGGUCAGAGCUCCUCCCCCCCUGCUGGCAUGCUGGUGCCCUUCUCAUUGCACCGCUGGAGCUCGGAGCCCAGCCUGGCCCGCUGCAACCCUGCAGGCUGCCCCCGGGCCACCCCUGCCCCCGGCCCCGCCCCCUCUGGCUCUGGUGCCCAGCCCCAGCUUUCGACCGCCAUAGGGCCACCCCUCCUGCCUGGCCCCUCGCACCAGGAGCAGCCUGCUGCUGAGGGUCUGCGCCGCAGCGAUUCGGUGGGGCGCCGCCCCCUGCAGUGGCACCCCAACCCACGGCCGGCCCCAUCCCCACAGCGGGACUCUGACUACGAGCUGGAGCUGCUGGACAGGGGGCGCAAGAGAGCCAUCGACAACCAGUACAUGUUCCUAUGAUAGUGGCUGUCAGGUGGGGGCGAGGUGCUGCCUGCCACUGACAUACCUAUGAGGCAUCUUAUAUGAAUGUAUUUUAAACUUUUUAAAUUAAUUGUGAAUAAUAGCAUAUACAUAUUCAAACAUAUAUAUAUAUA